AUGGCAUCACUGCCUCCUCCUCCGCCCCCGGGCUGGGCUGCGUCGGCACCGCCGUCGAUGCCCUUCGCUCCUCCGCCGCCGGGAUAUCAACCGCCCGCCGACCCGACUGUCGCCAAGUUCGCCCAGAAGAAGAAUGAAUGGCUGCGGACGCAACGGAACCGAUUCGGCGAGAAGCGGAAGGGCGGGUUCGUGGAAACACAGAAGGCCGACAUGCCGCCGGAGCAUUUGCGAAAAAUCGUCCGCGACAUCGGCGAUGUAUCCCAGAAGAAGUUCAGCAACGAGAAGCGCAGCUACCUGGGCGCGCUGAAGUUCAUGCCCCAUGCCGUGCUGAAGCUGCUGGAGAACAUGCCCAUGCCGUGGGAGUCCGCCAAGGAGGUGAAGGUCCUGUACCAUGUCAACGGUUGCUUGACUAUGGUGAAUGAGACUCCUCGGGUCAUCGAGCCGGUUUUCCACGCCCAGUGGGCGACGAUGUGGGUGUGUAUGCGCCGCGAGAAGAGUGAUCGCAGACACUUCAAGAGAAUGCGGUUUCCCCCGUUCGAUGACGAGGAGCCGCCGUUGUCGUGGUCGGAGAAUAUCGAGGAUGUGGAGCCCUUGGAGCCGAUCCAGAUGGAGCUCGACGAGUCGGAGGAUGGCGCCGUUUAUGAGUGGUUCUAUGAGCAAAGGCCCCUGUUGGAUACACCCCAUGUUAAUGGGCCGAGUUACAAGAGCUGGAACUUGACCCUCCCACAGAUGGCUACGCUCUAUCGACUAAGUCAUCAGCUGCUGAGUGACGUCGUCGAUAAGAACUACUACCAUAUGUUUGACCUGAACAGCUUCUUUACGGCAAAGGCCCUGAACGUCGCCAUCCCCGGUGGUCCCCGCUUCGAGCCUCUGUACAAAGAUAUCGACCCCAACGACGAGGACUUCAGCGAGUUCAACGCUAUCGACCGCAUCAUUUUCCGCGCCCCCAUCCGAACGGAAUACCGGGUCGCAUACCCCUUCCUGUACAAUACCCUUCCGAGAAGCGUAAAGGUUUCUUGGUACUCUCACCCUCAAGUUGUCUAUGUCCGGACCGACGACCCUAAUCUUCCCGCCUUCUACUUCGACCCUGUCAUCAACCCCAUCUCCUCCCGGUCCGUCGCGCCCAAGAACAUCACCGUCAGCCACGAAGAUGAGAUCUUUGGCGAAGGAAACAAUGAGGACGACUUUGAACUUCCCGCCGACUUUGAACCGUUCUUUGCGGAGGAGGAGCUGUAUACGCCCGACACCGCCUCGGCCAUCGCCCUCUGGUGGGCUCCUCACCCCUUCAACAAGCGCUCCGGAAAGAUGGUGCGCGCCCAGGAUGUGCCCUUGGUCAAGCAGUGGUACAUGGAGCACUGCCCGCAGGGCCAGCCCGUCAAGGUCCGCGUCUCGUACCAGAAGCUGCUGAAGACCUACGUGCUCAAUGAGCUGCACAAGAACAAGCCCAAGGCCCAGAACAAGCAGAACCUGCUGAAGACCCUGAAAUCCACCAAGUUCUUCCAGCAGACGACGAUUGACUGGGUUGAAGCUGGUCUGCAAGUUUGUCGCCAGGGUUUCAACAUGCUCAACUUGUUGAUCCACCGCAAGAACUUGACCUACCUGCAUCUCGAUUACAACUUCAACCUGAAGCCCGUAAAGACCCUGACGACCAAGGAGCGGAAGAAGUCCCGUUUCGGAAACGCCUUCCACCUGAUGAGAGAAAUUCUCCGCCUUACGAAGUUGAUUGUUGACGCCCAGGUACAAUACCGUCUGGGUAACAUCGAUGCCUUCCAGCUGGCUGACGGCAUCCUGUACGCUUUCAACCACGUUGGACAGUUGACCGGUAUGUACCGUUACAAGUACAAGCUGAUGCACCAGAUCCGUUCUUGCAAGGAUCUUAAGCAUCUGAUCUACUACCGGUUCAACUCGGGUCCUGUGGGCAAGGGUCCUGGAUGUGGUUUCUGGGCCCCCGCCUGGCGUGUGUGGCUGUUCUUCAUGCGCGGUAUCAUUCCCCUGCUCGAGAGAUGGCUCGGAAACCUGCUGUCUCGUCAGUUCGAGGGUCGUCACAGCAAGGGCGUCGCCAAGACUGUCACCAAGCAGCGUGUGGAGUCCCACUUCGACCUUGAACUCCGUGCCUCCGUCAUGGCGGAUCUUAUGGACAUGAUGCCUGAGGGUAUCAAGCAGAACAAGGUCAACACGGUCCUCCAACAUCUGUCGGAGGCGUGGAGAUGCUGGAAGAGUAACAUUCCCUGGAAGGUUCCUGGCCUGCCGGCGCCAAUUGAGAACAUCAUCCUGCGUUACGUCAAGAGCAAGGCCGACUGGUGGAUUUCGGUCGCACAUUACAACCGUGAACGUAUCCGUCGCGGUGCCACCGUGGAUAAGACCGUUGCGAAGAAGAACCUUGGUCGGCUCACCCGGUUGUGGCUCAAGUCUGAGCAGGAGCGCCAGCACAACUACCUGAAGGAUGGUCCUUACGUGUCUUCCGAGGAGGCCGUGGCGAUUUACACCACUAUGGUUCACUGGCUGGAGUCUCGCAAGUUCUCUCCGAUCCCCUUCCCCAGUGUGUCGUAUAAGCACGACACCAAGAUUCUGAUCCUAGCCCUGGAACGUCUGCGUGAGGCAUACUCUGUCAAGGGUAGACUCAACCAGAGCCAGCGUGAGGAACUUGCUCUUAUUGAGCAAGCGUACGACUCCCCGGGAACGACAUUGGCCAGAAUCAAGCGAUUCCUCUUGACCCAGCGUGCCUUCAAGGAAGUGGGUAUCGAUAUGAACGACAACUAUAGCCACAUCAACCCGGUGUAUGAUGUGGAGCCUAUCGAAAAGAUCACCGACGCCUAUCUCGACCAGUACCUGUGGUAUCAGGCAGAGCAACGCCACUUGUUCCCCGCCUGGAUCAAGCCUUCGGAUUCGGAAGUGCCUCCGCUAUUGACGUACAAAUGGGCUCAAGGGAUCAACAACCUGGACAAUGUUUGGGAGACUUCCGAUGGCGAGACGAACGUGAUGAUCGAAACGGAUCUGGCGAAGGUCUAUGAGAAGAUAGAUCUGACGUUGUUGAACCGCAUGCUGCGCUUGAUCAUGGAUCACAACUUGGCCGAUUAUAUCACCUCCAAAAACAACGUCCAGCUCAGCUACAAGGACAUGAACCACACCAACGGUUAUGGUAUGAUCCGGGGUCUGCAGUUCUCCGGUUUCGUGUUCCAGUACUACGGUCUGAUGAUCGACUUGCUGCUGCUUGGUUUGCAGAGAGCCAGUGAAAUGGCCGGUCCUCCUCAGAGCCCUAACGACUUCUUGCAGUUCAGGGACCGUGCUACCGAGACGAAGCAUCCUAUUCGUCUGUACACGCGUUACGUUGAUAAGAUCUGGGUCUUCCUGAGAUUCUCUGCCGACGAGUCUAGAGACUUGAUCCAACGUUUCCUGACGGAGAACCCGGAUCCCAACUUUGAGAAUGUCAUCGGGUACAAGAACAAGAAGUGCUGGCCCCGUGAUUGCCGGAUGCGCUUGAUGCGGCAUGACGUUAACCUGGGUCGUGCUGUGUUCUGGGAUCUGAAGAACCGCCUGCCGAGGUCUAUCACCACCAUCGACUGGGACGACACUUUUGCCAGCGUCUACAGCAAGGACAACCCCAACCUUCUGUUCUCCAUGUCCGGGUUUGAAGUCCGUAUUCUUCCCAAGUGCCGCAACCAGAACGAGGAGUUCUCAGUGAAGGAUAGUGUCUGGUCCCUGGUCGACAACUCGACCAAGGAACGGACGGCCCAUGCCUUCCUCCAGGUCACCGAGGAGGACAUCCAGAAGUUCAACAACCGGAUCCGUCAGAUUCUCAUGUCGUCCGGUUCCACGACCUUCACCAAGAUCGCGAACAAGUGGAACACGGCUCUCAUUGCGCUCUUCACCUACUACCGUGAAGCUGCGGUGUCGACCGUCAACCUCCUGGAUACGAUCGUCAAGUGCGAGACCAAGAUCCAGACCCGUGUCAAGAUUGGUCUGAACUCCAAGAUGCCGUCUCGUUUCCCCCCUGCCGUUUUCUACACCCCCAAGGAACUUGGAGGUCUGGGUAUGAUCUCUGGAUCGCACAUUCUCAUUCCUGCCAGCGACAAGCGGUGGUCCAAGCAAACGGAUACGGGCAUCACUCACUUCCGCGCGGGUAUGUCUCACGACGAGGAGACUCUGAUCCCCAACAUCUUCCGCUACAUCAUCCCCUGGGAAGCCGAGUUCAUUGACUCCCAGCGCGUGUGGAUGGAGUACUCGCAGAAGCGGCAGGAGGCUCAGCAGCAGAACCGUCGUCUGACUUUGGAGGACUUGGAGGAUAGCUGGGACCGCGGUCUUCCUCGUAUCAACACCCUCUUCCAGAAGGACCGGAGCACCCUCAGCUUCGACAAGGGUUUCCGUCUCCGCGCCGAAUUCAAGCAGUACCAGCUGAUGAAGAGCAACCCCUUCUGGUGGACUAGCCAGCGCCACGACGGAAAGCUCUGGAACUUGAACGCUUACCGUACUGACGUCAUCCAGGCCCUGGGUGGUGUUGAAACUAUUCUCGAACACACCCUCUUCAAGGCUACGGCCUUCCCAUCUUGGGAGGGUCUCUUCUGGGAGCGUGCUUGUCUUGCUAAGGGAACGCUGUUGCUGCGGUAUGAUAACACUACGGUCGCGGUGGAAGACGUCAAGGAGGGCGAUCUUCUCCUUGGACCCGAUGGCGAACCUCGUCGGGCGUACAACAUCGUCAGUGGAAAGGAUCAGCUGUACCGCAUCAAGUUGGGUGGUAACAAGGAGGAUCUCGUCGUCACGACAAACCAUAUCUUGGUUCUCCACCGGGAGAGAGUUGGUGACGAUGUCUCGGCAGCGGAGCGCUAUGAGACCGUCGAAAUGACCGCCGCUGAGUUCGCUGCGCUCGACGAUAACGACAGACGGAGACACCAUUCCUUCAAGUCUUCUGGUGCUGAGGCUGAACGUUUCGUCAUGGAGGAGAUCACGCUUGAGUCCGAGCCUACGGAGUGGGCCGGUUUCCGGGUGGAUAAGGACCAGCUCUAUCUGCGCCACGAUCGUCUUGUUCUGCACAACUCCGGUUUCGAAGAGUCGAUGAAGUUCAAGAAGCUCACCAACGCCCAGAGAUCCGGUCUGAACCAAAUCCCCAACCGUCGUUUCACCCUGUGGUGGUCCCCGACCAUCAACCGUGCCAACGUGUACGUUGGUUUCCAGGUGCAACUGGAUCUUACGGGUAUCUUCUUGCACGGAAAGAUCCCUACGUUGAAGAUUUCGUUGAUUCAGAUCUUCCGUGCGCACUUGUGGCAGAAGAUUCACGAGUCCGUCGUCAUGGACUUGUGCCAGGUCUUCGACCAGGAACUUGAACAGCUGGGUAUCGAAGCCGUUCAGAAGGAGACUAUCCACCCGCGUAAGUCUUACAAGAUGAACAGCUCCUGUGCCGACAUCUUGCUCUUCGCGACGAACAAGUGGAACGUCACCCGCCCCUCUGUGCUGUUUGACACCAAGGACGUCUACGAGCCCACCACGACCAACAAGUUCUGGCUGGAUGUGCAGCUGAGAUACGGUGACUACGAUUCCCACGACAUUGAGAGAUAUGUCCGUGCCAAGUACCUGGACUACACCACCGACAGCAUGAGUAUCUAUCCUUCUGCUACCGGUCUGAUGAUCGGUAUCGAUCUUGCGUACAACCUGUACUCGGCCUACGGGCAGUACUUCCCUGGUCUCAAGACCCUGGUGCAACAGGCCAUGGCCAAGGUCAUGAAAGCGAACCCUGCCUUGUAUGUGCUGAGAGAACGUAUCAGGAAGGGUCUGCAGCUGUACGCCUCGGAGAGCAACCAGGAGUUCCUGAACUCCCAGAACUACUCUGAGCUUUUCAGCCCGCAGAUCCAGCUGUUCAUUGACGACACCAACGUCUACCGUGUCACCAUCCACAAGACCUUCGAAGGUAACUUGACGACCAAGCCCAUCAACGGUGCCAUCUUCAUCUUCAACCCCAGAACUGGACAGCUGUUCUUGAAGAUCAUCCAUACCAGUGUCUGGGCCGGACAGAAGCGUCUGGGUCAGUUGGCCAAGUGGAAGACCGCGGAAGAAGUGGCGGCGCUCAUCCGGUCCCUGCCUGUUGAGGAACAGCCCAAGCAGCUGAUCGUCACCCGUAAGGGUCUUUUGGAUCCUCUGGAGGUUCACUUGCUCGACUUCCCCAACAUUUCCAUCCGUGCUUCCGAGCUCCAGCUUCCUUUCCAGGCUGCGAUGAAGGUUGAGAAACUGGCCGAUAUGAUCCUCCGGGCAACGGAGCCUCAGAUGGUUCUCUUCAACCUGUACGACGAGUGGUUGAAGUCUAUCUCCCCCUACAUCGCCUUCUCUCGUUUGAUCUUGAUCCUGCGAGCCCUUCAUGUCAACAUCGAUAAGGCGAAGAUCAUCCUCCGCCCCGACAAGACCGUGGUCACCCAGGAGCAUCACAUCUGGCCCUCGCUGUCUGAUGAGGACUGGAUGAAGGUCGAAGUGCAACUCCGCGAUCUGAUCCUCAACGACUACGGCAAGAAGAACAACGUCAAUGUGCAGAGUUUGACCAGCAGUGAAGUCCGGGAUAUCAUUCUGGGUAUGGAGAUUAGUGCGCCUUCGCUGCAGCGACAGCAGGCGGCGGAGAUCGAGAAGCAGCAGGAUGAGCAGAAGCAGCUCACGGCUGUGACGACGAAGACGCAGAACGUCCGCGGCGAGGACAUCAUUGUCACCACCACCUCGCAGUACGAGCAGCAGUCCUUCGCGUCCAAGACCGAGUGGCGCACACGGGCCAUCGCGACGUCCAACCUCCGCACGAGGGCGAACAACAUCUACAUCUCGUCGGAUGAGAUCCGGGAUGAGGGAUACACCUACAUCAUGCCGAAGAACGUCCUCAAGCGGUUCAUCACGAUUGCCGAUCUCCGCGUGCAAGUUGCCGGAUACCUGUACGGUACCUCGCCGCCCGACAACGACCAGAUCAAGGAGGUCCGCACCAUUGUCAUGAUUCCCCAGGUGGGUAACACCCGGGAGGUCCAGCUGCCCCAUCAGCUCCCGCAGCACGACUACCUGAACAACCUCGAGCCCCUGGGUGUCAUCCACACCAUCUCAGGCAACGAGCCCCCCUACAUGACGGCGAUGGAUGUCACGCAGCACGCGCGCCUGAUGAACUCGCACCCGUCGUGGGACAAGAAGACGGUCACCAUGACGGUGUCGUUCACCCCUGGAUCGGUGUCGCUGGCUGCAUGGGGACUGACGCCCCAGGGCUACAAGUGGGGAGCGGAGAACCGCGACACGACCUCAGACCAGCCGCAGGGCUUCUCGACCAGCAUGGGCGAGAAGUGCCAGCUGCUGCUGAGUGACAAGAUUCGCGGCUACUUCCUCGUGCCGGAGGACAGCGUGUGGAACUACAGCUUCAUGGGCAGCUCGUUCGGCGGGGUGGAGAAGCGCCCGGUGUACGUCAAGAUCGACACCCCUCUGCGGUUCUACGACGAUCAGCAUCGCCCUCUGCACUUCCAGAACUUUGCCGAACUGGAAGAUAUCUGGGUGGAUCGGACGGAUAACUUUGCGUGAGCCAUGACUGACUGGACGUGGAUGUGGAUGGCGUUGGUGAUGAUGUUUCAUUAUGGAUAUUUACGUGUUGUUUUACUAUUUCUGAUGUUUCCCAUUUUGAGCCCUUUUUUUCGAUCUCCUUUUUUCUAAUGUAGGUAGUGUAUACAAAAAUCUCUCCUGUGUU